AUGCAACACCUUUUGAGAAGAUCAAAAGCCUUUGUGAAGGCAAAGGACCUUGAUUCUUCGUUGAUAUUGUUGAUCAAUGGUGCUUGGGCUAAAGCAAAAGAAUCAAUGCUGCCAGCUUCAAAGCAUGAACCAGAUGGCAGAGUUCGAACGAUAUUCAUCACGGGGCUUCCGGAGGACGUGAAGGAGAGGGAUCUGAUGCGGUGGCUUCCCAGAUUCGAAGCGUCUCAACUGAAUUUCAAGGCAGAAAAGCCCAUGGGCUUCGCACUUUUCUCCACCGCCCACCAAGCAAUUGCCGCCAAGGACAUCCUUCAGGACAUGCUCUUCGAUCACGACACCAAGUCCGUCCUCCACACCGAGAUGGCCAAGAAGUACCUCUUUGUCAAGAGAGGGGCUGAUGCGGGUGCGUUUGACCAGAGUAAGCGAUUGCGGACAGCUGGGGAUUAUACGCACACUGGUUAUACAAGUCCUUCCCCUUUCCAUCAUCCACCACCACCCGUUUGGGGACCACAUGGGUACAUGGCUCCACCGCCGCCGCCUCCAUAUGAUCCAUAUGGAGGCUACCCCAUUGCGCCAGUGCCAAUGCCUACUCCUGCUCCAAUAGCAGCGCCUAGCAGUUAUGUUCCAGUUCAGUGAUGGUUUUCAGCCUGGGCCACGAGAUGGAAUUAUUCAGUGUUUCAUCAAAAGAGAUAAAUCUAAUUCAACAUAUCACCUAUUCCUCUGUCUCAGCCCUGGAAUUGGAUCAAGAGAGUGAGAUUCUAUCGCCAAAAGAGUUAGAAAGUAGGUCUUCUGGAGCGAGCAAUAGAAUAGCGUGAAAUAUGAUGGAGAUUUUAUGUAUUAAGAGUUACAUGUAAAGACAUUUAUAGUUAAAAAAUUAUGCUAUGUUUGAUACUAUGUAUAAUAGUUAUUACUUUUAAUUUUCAAUACUAAAAUUAUA